UGCGAACUAGCUGAAUACAUCAUCAUACAACGCGUACCGAACCUGAGUGACCGGAGCCCGGCUUGAACCGGACUCGACGUUCAUGUGUUUACCGUUGUGUUCGUGUCGCUGGCACCACGAGAGAAUACGUGUAGAACUCAAAUGUAAAUACGUGCCAUUUUCGCAUAAAAUCGCUUUCGCCCGUCUACUCGCUGCCAGAUCCGUUCCCGAGUGGCGAUAGAUCCAGUCAGUUUUACUGCUACUGCUGCCCGACACCGACAGGCAGGAGAUCGUGAGAGAAGAAAGCCUUUUUAGCUUUGUGUAUUUUCUAGUUCUUAUUGCUGUUUUGUACGCCCUAUUGCAUUUUUUUAUUUCUUUGGACGUCGUCGUUCUUCUUGGUACAACAGUUGUGCGCGUUAGAGGCUUUGGCAUCCACGAAUUGAAUAAAAAGGAGUGAAAAAUGUUCCACCUUAAAACGAUCGUCCGGAGCGGUGUGCUCAAGCAGGAGGUGCCAAACCUUGCUAAAGCGGUGGCCGUGAGCAGUGUUCAGCAUCGUAACUGCUCUUCCCAUCAAAUUCCGGAGCGACUAAAGGAUGUACCGACCGCAGCAAACCCACGCUUCUUCGACAUGGUCGAAUACUUCUUCCACCGGGCGGCGCAGAUUUGCGAGGGAAAAAUGAUUGAAACCAUCAAGGGCCGUGCCUCGGCGGAAGAGAAAAGCAAGAAGGUCAAGGGAAUCCUGAUGCUGAUGCAGCCGUGUGAUCACAUCAUCGAAAUUGCAUUUCCGCUUCGUAGAGACUCCGGUGACUACGAGAUAAUCACCGGAUACCGCGCUCAGCACUGCACCCAUAGAACCCCGACUAAAGGAGGUAUCCGCUUCUCACUCGAUGUGUCGCGUGAUGAGGUGAAAGCCUUGUCCGCCUUGAUGACCUUCAAGUGUGCCUGUGUGGAUGUACCGUUUGGUGGUGCUAAGGCCGGUAUUAAGAUCGAUCCCAAAUUGUACUCCGAGCAUGAGCUGGAGAAGAUUACCCGUCGCUUCGCACUGGAACUCUCUAAGAAGGGCUUCAUCGGGCCUGGUAUUGACGUACCGGCUCCGGACAUGGGAACCGGCGAGCGUGAAAUGUCCUGGAUCGCGGACACCUAUGCCAAAACGAUUGGUCAUUUGGACAUUAAUGCUCACGCUUGCGUUACUGGUAAGCCCAUCAACCAGGGCGGUAUUCACGGUCGUGUUUCAGCCACGGGACGUGGUGUGUUCCAUGGACUGGACAACUUUAUCCGCGAGGCGAACUUCAUGGCCAUGAUCGGCACUACUCCCGGCUGGGGUGGAAAGACGUUCAUCGUACAAGGUUUCGGUAAUGUCGGUUUGCAUUCGUGCCGCUACUUGUGCCGUGCUGGUGCUACCUGUAUUGGUAUUAUUGAACAUGACGGCGCCAUCUACAACCCGAAGGGAAUUGACCCUAAGGCUCUGGAAGAUUACAAAAACGAAAACGGAACCAUCGUUGGAUUCCCAGGUGCUCAACCGUACGAGGGCGAAAAUCUCAUGUACGAACCGUGUGAUAUUUUCAUCCCAGCUGCCGUCGAGAAAGUCAUUACCAGUGAGAAUGCUGGAAAAAUUAACGCUAAGAUCAUCGCUGAAGCCGCCAACGGUCCAACCACUCCGGCUGCCGACAAAAUUCUGAUCGAUCGCAACAUCCUGGUGGUUCCUGACUUGUACAUCAACGCCGGUGGUGUGACCGUUUCGUUCUUCGAGUGGCUCAAGAACUUGAACCACGUCUCGUACGGUCGCUUGACGUUCAAGUAUGAGCGCGAGUCUAACUACCACUUGCUCGCCUCUAUCCAGGAAUCACUUGAACGAUCUAUUAAUGAUAACCAAUCGGUGCAAGCUUCACUGGAGAGACGUUUCGGCAACGUUGGCGGCAAGAUUCCAGUCACCCCAUCGGAAGCCUUCCAGAAGCGUAUCUCUGGUGCCUCGGAGAAGGACAUUGUUCACUCGGGUCUCGAUUACACGAUGGAGCGUUCGGCUCGUGCCAUCAUGAAGACCGCCAUGAAGUACAAUCUGGGUCUUGAUCUGCGCUCGGCUGCGUACGUCAACUCGAUCGAGAAAAUCUUCGAAACCUACAGAGAUGCCGGUCUUGCCUUCUAAUAGAAAGCUAUAGACGCACGGAGAACUCUCGGCCAGCAGUAGAACCAACGGAGCGGGCAUUAGGAUUGUGGCACCGCGCGCAGCCUCAGAGAGUAUGAAUGGAAACCCGAUAACAAAUUUGAACUGCCACAAUCUGAUAUUCUUCAAUGUUACUUAAACAAAACUAAGCGAUCGUAAGCGUAAAGUAUCGUGUCUCAAGUUAUGCAAAAAGAUAAUAGGGGUCUUCACAUCGAGCUCGUAUACGAAUACCCAGCCGUAAACUGUGUAUCUUCCAUUACUCGUCAAUGGAGGUGAGUAUUUUUACGACUGGGUAUUUGUUUACGAGCUCGACAUGAAUACCCAUAAUUAAAAUUAAAAGAUAGGAAGCGUAUAGUACACCUCAUUGUGAGCUGAAAAUUAGCUUGUCCAGUUUUGUUAUAAUUUGUGCGUUAUAGUCUUUUUGUUUUUAUAUUGUUUUCAAUACAUGUAAUUACACUCAGCUCAGUUUUCGUCAGACGGAAUUUUCAACUGCGAAUGUAUUUUUUUUCCAACUUAACCAGUUUUAGUGUACGUCUUAGGUUUAGGUAAAAUUAUGCCGACUAUGACUCAAACAUACUGAAAAAAACUUUCGGGCUUAUUACUUACCGCGUUUCACUCGUAAAAAACAUGAUUAGCUAGUAUAUAACGGAACGUUGUUUGUACUUACGCAAAAACAAGGAUUUCAGGAAAGAUUAAUUUGGCUAGAAUCUCCAGCUAACAAGAUCUGGUGAGUGUUAUACAAGCUCAAAGGGUUGAUAAAAAAAUCCCAUCGAUUUUGUAUUUCACUCAUUGCAGCAGUAUAUGUCACGCUGGGGCGAAGCCACAAAUCAAGCCUCUCUCUGCCAUCCUUGUCAACACGCACUGAUACCAUUCUAGUAAUUAAUCACUGACUGCGUAAUUUUCAAUAUCCGUGUACUAGCACGCGUACGCGAGCUUCCCGUUUCUUAUAGUGCUCUACAUGCGCGUAGAAUAACGAUCAAAAGUGAAUCGAAUGCUGAGUAAUCAAAAUCAAGUGUUAACCGGUACUGCAUUAGAUGGGAUUAGAAGAUGGCGUAGGCGGAGUAGCAAUCGUUAGCCCUGGAGCCCAUUUACCGUUUUCCACAUAUUACUUACUAACGAAUAUACCUUAUUUUUUGUUUGAAAAGGUGACGGACUAACACUUUGAAAAAAAAAAAAAAACAUUUUAGUGGUGUGGGUAGGUUUUAAUAGUCGUUUAAUUUCUGAUAACUACAAAAAAUCAUUACGUUUUGUCACCUAAUAACGAACAAGAUAAGUCAGAGGAGCUCGUUUGCCUAACACGACCCAUUGGCUAAACAAACAGGCCCAUUGUACGAUCUUGCGCCUUAUUGUUGACCCAAACGUACAGAGAACAAACAUCCAAAAAUCCAGGGAAAGAUUGAAGAUGUUACCUUUGUAAGCGCCACCCGAUAAAUAUCAUUUAAAAUACGAACCUUUUAUUCCAAUCCCUCGUGCUCAGAUGUCUGUUUCCUGUAGCAAUGCAUUUUGGAAGCUUAUCGCUAUAUAGCCUACAUUAUAAUCACUUUUAACCAAAAGGUCCUAGAAAUAAAUUACUCAAACACAUUUAGCUACCAGGUGAGCGAAUACUUUUGCUAACACGUUUGCGCCAUCGUCGUACCCUAUUAGCACCCGAAUAGUAGAUGCAGUUCAUUCGAGAAAUAAAACACAGAAGCACUUCAAUGAUAAGCAAAUCCAA